AUGAAUCUCUCCGCGGUCCAGAUCUUGCUGCUCUGGAUUCUCAGUGUACCUGCCGGUCCAGUGCUCUGCUCGGAGGACGAGACGCGACUGGUGAAGAAGCUCUUCACUGGUUACAACAAGGUGGUUCGUCCCGUUGACCACUUCAAAGAAGUGGUGGUGGUGACCGUGGGACUACAGCUGAUCCAGCUCAUCAGCGUGGAUGAAGUUAACCAGAUUGUGACCAGCAAUGUUCGUCUCAAACAGCGCUGGCUAGAUGUCAACCUGAAGUGGAAUCCGGACGAAUUCGGAGGCAUCCGGAAGAUCAGAGUCCCAUCAACCGACAUUUGGAAACCAGACCUGGUGCUGUACAACAACGCCGACGGCGACUUCGCCAUCAUCCACCAAACCAAAGUCCUGCUGGAGCACACUGGGAUGAUAACGUGGAACCCCCCCGCCAUCUUCAAGAGCUACUGCGAGAUCAUCGUCCUCCACUUCCCAUUCGACCUGCAGAACUGCAGCAUGAAGCUGGGGACGUGGACCUACGACGGACUGCUGGUGGUCAUCAACCCGGACAGCGACCGGCCGGACCUCAGUAACUUCAUGGAGUCCGGCGAGUGGGUGCUGAAGGACUACCGGAGCUGGAAGCACUGGGUUUACUACACCUGCUGCCCCGACACGCCGUACCUCGACAUCACCUACCACUUCCUGAUGCUGCGUCUGCCCCUCUACUUCAUCGUCAACGUCAUCAUUCCCUGCAUGCUGUUCUCCUUCCUCACCGGACUGGUCUUCUACCUGCCCACCGACUCCGGAGAAAAGAUGACCCUGUCCAUCUCCGUCCUGCUGUCUCUGACCGUCUUCCUGCUGGUCAUCGUGGAGCUGAUCCCCUCCACCUCCAGCGCCGUCCCCCUCAUCGGGAAAUACAUGCUGUUCACGAUGGUGUUCGUCAUCGCCUCCAUCAUCAUCACCGUCAUCGUCAUCAACACGCACCACCGCUCGCCCAGCACGCACACCAUGCCCGCCUGGAUACGCAAGGUCUUCAUCGAAACCAUUCCCAACAUGAUGUUCUUCUCGACCAUGAAGCGUCCCGGUCAGGAGAUCCGGCAGAAGAGGAUGUUCCCCACCGACAUGGACAUCUCUGACAUCUCAGGCAAGGCCCACGGAGAGAGAUGUUCCAUCGUGACAUUAAAGACCCGCGGGUCAAGUGUUUGUGUGUCAACUACGACCUGUGUCUCCUGUGCAGGUAACCCCGCCCCCACCAGUGUCACCUACCAGUCUCCCAUCACCAAAAACCCGGAUGUUCGCAGCGCCAUCGAAGGGGUGAAGUACAUCGCUGAGACCAUGAAAUCAGACGAGGAAUCUAACAUUGCAGCAGAGGAGUGGAAGUUUGUCGCCAUGGUCCUGGACCACAUCCUGCUCUGCGUCUUCAUGGCCGUGUGCAUCAUCGGGACGCUCGCCGUCUUCGCCGGGCGGCUCAUCGAGCUCAACACGCUGUAGAGGACCAGCCCUCAUAUUUAGUCUUUCACUCACACACACACACACACACACACACACACACACACACACACACACACACACACACACUUCAGGUGUUUUCUACAGUGUUUUAUCACUGGAAUACGUGUUAUUACUCCAAUAAGACACAAAUGCAGUAAAGAGUCAAUUGAUUUCUUUUUUUCAGCAGCUUGAGUUAAGGUUUAAUUUUCUUUAAUGUUAAGACGCACCUUUUAACAGAGAAUGUUUUCAUAUGUGAGGAUGAAUGUCAUAUAUCUGUCUAUUAACAGUUUACAUUGGAUGUAAAAGGCAUGUUUAAUGCUAUUUGAAUCUAACUUUAUCUUUGAGUGCAGGCGAGAUUCAUUCCUUCCUGGAAGUUUUAUUGGUUUCAUCCGUCUGACACGGCUUUGACUUUUAUAGACGUUUAUAUUGUGUAAAUAUGAGUGGCAAAGUUCCUCCUGAUUCUGCUUUACUGUUUGAAUAUUACUUUUGAAAUGACGUGUCACGACCGGACAAAGGUCCUGAACCCAAACGCACAAC